AUGUCUGACGUCGCUCCACAAAACCCGAUGGAUAUUUUGGCGGGUGCUUCCACGUUGUAUGAAGCAAUCGAGACGGUUUGCGUGAUAAAUGGGGACAAAUAUGUUGAUUUCAUGGUGCGGCUCCCCAAAGAAGACUUUGCCCGUCAAACGGAGGCGCUCUUGCACGCCAUCUGUGAGUUGAUACCCUCCGAUCCAUUCAUGGAGGUGUUUGGUAAAACGAGGGCACCUGUUAUGUUGAUUUUUGCACCCAUGCUCUUGUCAAGGGCAGCGGCGCUUUUGGCUUCUCCGCACUCCGACAUAUUUGCCCCUGACGCGGAGUGGCACGCCAUCAGCAUGUUCCUCAUGGCGAUACAGAGUGAACUGCUCGCCUCACCGGGGCAACGGGUGGUGCGCGUGACGGAACUUCCCGAUCCACCACACAUCUCUUCGAUCCGGCACACGCGUGCAUGGUCAUCUAUUCUUAAUCAACCACUUUUAGAAGAUCUGGUGCCGCUCCCACCCUCUACCCAUAAUCGAAGAAACGUCUUUGACGCAGCCAGCUUUGGGUGUGUGUUGUAUUUUAUCAUAUGUGGACUCGUACACUUACUGCAGAUUAUCUUAGCCGCCCCAACACGCAUCGUUUGUGGUACGGGGACGCUGGGAUUUUGUAGAGAAAUUGUGCGCCUGCUGCUCACACCGACUGUCAUCAUUUACGGUUCAAAGGAAAGUAGUAUCCAAAUAGCCAGCGCCUCUCUUCUUGUUGCGGUAAGAGGAGUGCUUGACAUGCGGGAGGCCGUGGGCGAAAUGCGACAGGUACAAUUGAUUGAGCAGUGGAUCACCGCCAUCCGAAGUUGGUUUGAUUUGACCACUCAAUCUGGCAACGCUGCAUGUAUGCAGUUUCUCUUCCCCUACAUGCUUUCGUCGGAUAUGUUGUUACGAUAG